AUGGGUAGUGAUGAGCCGUGUUCACCGUUUACUCAACCAGUCCAGCAAACAGUGUGUGGGUUACCAUUACCAUUUGCAACGUCGCUCUGCUGCCUUAUACAAAUAUGCGGGUCAAUUACGCUUGGAAUUUUCUAUCGAAUGAUGCUCGAUCCAACAGCCGUCGUCUCCAUCCUUUUCUAUAUCCAUAUGUUUUGUGGAGUGAUGGGAGUGGCAUUUCUUGCGCUGAUCGUCUCACGGAAAAAGUUUGGGACGAAAUUUGAGGUGUUGCUCCAUGCUUUUCUGCUCAGCGUACUUUUGAUGGCACUCUGCUCGUUUUUCUCCGCCAUGUAUGUGCCGUUAUCAUUUCUUCAACAGACGCAUACGGUCAGAGAAGGUAUCCACUAUUUCCUGGUGCUGGUUGCCUGCCUUGGGUUCCUCGGCUUCCAAUUCUUCCUCCGAAAUUUGACGGAAGCAAUGCACCCCUACAUGGAGCACCACUACGAA